AUGACGUCGAUGGCGUCCGAGUCCGUGGCCACGAUCCUCUGCACCAGCAAACAGACGCGCUUCAACAUCCAGACAGCAGAUUAUCGAGAACUAGAAAUUGAUGGUCUCAACAUCACCGUCACCUCGGCACGUAAACCCGGUGGUAGUGGUAGUGGUGGUGCCAAGGGCAAGUCCAAAGCCCGGAGCGAGGGGACCGAGAUCCUGGUCGACGCCAAGCUGCGUCUGAAGGCCGGCCAACGAUACGCCCUCGUCGGAAGAAAUGGUUCAGGCAAAUCGACGCUUCUCAAAGCCAUUGCUGAGAAGUUAAUCCCCGGCAUACCCGAGGCAACUCGGAUAUCUCUUCUCCAGCAAACGAGCAUCAGUGAUACCGACUCGGACGUGCGCCCCGAAGACAACGACUCGACUUCUCCAGUAGAUGGCCCCGCUGGAAGCAGCCGUACUGUGUUGGAGCACGUUAUCGAACAGGCGACUGCGCGGUCAGAUGUCGAACAGGAAAUCAGAGCUCUGUCCGAUGGCAUCAAUAGUGCAGACUCCCUCGGCCCCGUGCGCGCCAUUCGCGCUCUCCGUCAUGAAAGAAACCAAAAGCAUCUCUUCCAAGUCGACAAGAAUGCAAGGCUGCGUAGCGGAGACCGCGGCCUGGCAGCACGCAAGGCUUUGAAGGCCUUUGAGAAAAAGGUCGCCGAGUCUCAGUCACUGGUCGACCAGCCGCAAGAUGAGAUAUCGGCCGAAACCAUGAAGAGCGAGACGCAAGAGGCAUUAGAGAUGCUCGCAGAUCUCCAACUACAAGUUGAGCCGUCGAAAGUUGCCGAGACGGAGUCCAAAGCCAAGCGCAUCCUGACCGGCCUGGGGUUCUCCGAGGCAUACAUGUCAAAACCCGUCACCAGCUUAUCUGGCGGGUGGCGGAUGCGCACGGCGCUCUGCAUAUCGCUGCUCCAGGAGACCGACAUCCUCAUCUUGGACGAGCCGACAAACUUCCUUGACCUACUUGGCAUCAUCUGGCUUCAGCGGUAUCUGGGGUCCCUCCAAGACAUGGAUGAUGCCCCUACGCUCAUCCUCGUGUCGCACGACAGAGACUUCAUCACCAUUUGCAGUGAUCUUCUCAUCCUGAAGGAAAAGGGGUUGACGUACUUCCACGGCGACCUUCCGACAUACGAGGCAUCGCAGUCGGAGCGGAAACUCUGGUUGACAAAGAUGAAGGAUGCUCAAGACAAGCAAAAGGCUCAUAUCCAGCAAAGCAUAUCCAACAACAUCAAGGCAGGCAAAGCCAGUGAUGACCAGAACAAGCUGCGGCAGGCCAAGUCCCGUCAAAAGAAGCUCGACGAUCGAUGGGGCCUUACAGUCAGUGCUAAAGGCGGCCGCUUCAAGCUGAAUCGCGACCUUGUUGGCUAUCACUUGACAGCCCGCGAGGAUAUAGACGUCUUCCAAGAUGAACGGCCCGUAAGCUUCGUCUUGCCGGAACCUCUAGAUCUCCGAUUCCCGGGGCCUCUCAUAUCGGUAGAGAAUGCGACAUUCCGUUAUCCGACUAGGGUCAAGACGAAGCUAGCGGCGCCAACAGUGUUGCAGGAUAUAAACCUGUCUGUUCACAUGGGUGAUCGAAUUGGCAUCCUCGGGUUGAACGGUGCCGGGAAGUCGACUUUGGUCAAACUUCUAGUCGACGAGACGAAGCCCACGUCAGGGACAGUGACAACGCACCCACGGCUGAAGCUGGGAUACUAUUCGCAGCAUGCCGUCGAUGUUCUGCAAGAGAAGGGCCAAGGCGACCCCACAUUGACGGCGUUGUCGAUGCUCAUGGAGGAAGUAGCCGGGGAAUUGGAUGAGGGGCAAGUCCGUGGCGUUCUGGGCAGCCUCGGUCUGCCUGGUCGCAUUGCUUCCGAUGUACCUCUUGGGAAGCUAUCAGGAGGGCAGCUUGUGCGAUGCGAGCUCGCACGUCUCUUAUGGCGGAGACCACACUGUCUCAUCCUCGAUGAAGUUACCACUCACCUCGACUACGAGACUGUGACUGCUAUGCGUGGAGCACUCAGAGACUGGGAGGGCGCAGUGGUGCUCGUCAGUCACGAUCGGUGGUUCGUGCGCGGAGCAGUUGAGGGUCUCGCCGAGGACUCUGACAGCGAAGAGGAUGAAGAUGAAAAGGGGGUACCUAGACGACGGCUUGUGUACAAGUUAAGACAAGGGAACAUGACGCGCCUACAGAGCGGCGUGACCGAAUUCGAGGAGAGCGUUGCGAAGAGGGUGACGAAACUGCUCAGUCUGUAG